AUGGCACGCGGUUACUGCACAGAGGUCUCUGCGCAAUGCCCGGUAGAAGCAACCACCUAUGGAUAUCGACCUAAUCUAGGAGGAGACGUCUUCUUCUGCGUCGUGUUCGGAAUCCUGUUCCUCGCUCAACUCUUCCUCGGAAUCAAGGCCCGUUUGAAGGGUUUCACCUUUGCUGUUGUUAUUGGAUGCUUUGGAGAAUGUGUUGGUUACAUCGGCAGACUGAUCAUGCACAACAACCCGUGGAGUCAGACGGGUUUCAAGAUUCAGAUCGUCUGCCUUAUUCUGUCGCCUUCCUUCCUCGCCGCUGGAAUCUACCUCACCAUUAAGCAUCUGGUCAUCCACUUCGGCCCUCAAUACUCUAGACUGAAGCCAAGCCUCUACACUUGGAUCUUCAUCACCGCCGAUGCAGCCAGUAUCCUCGUUCAAGCCGCAGGUGGUGGUAUCGCCGCCGGCGAGCAGCCCGACUUGAUCAAGAUUGGAAACUCAAUCAUGGUCGCCGGUAUCUGCGUCCAGGUCGCUACUAUGGCCCUCUGUGGUCUCGUCGCCGCCGACUUCUUCUUGCGCCGCUACAGAUCCCGCGAGGCACAAACGAAUCUCGAUGACCCCAUGACUCGCUCAACUCCCGGCUUCAAGUACUAUGUUGGCGCCUCGGCCCUUGCCUUCAUUACCGUCUUCAUUCGUUCCGUGUACCGUAUUCCAGAGAUGGNNAUGGUCUGUAUCGCCGCCAUCGCCCUGACCGUCGCACAUCCCGGAAUUUUCUUCCCUGAGUUCAGAGAGCACAAGGCCCUCAAGACAGAAAAGAAGAAGAGCAAGAAGAGCAAGAAGAACAAGAAGGCCGAGGAGGCCGGGCUAGAGCUGUCAAGCAGUGGUGACAGCGUAUAA